GGCAACGCGCCUUAUCGGAGGACUCAGCCCCGCCUCAGAGACACGCCCCUCAGCCAAUGGGAGAGCCCCGUCAUGACAUCAUGGUUAUUUUUAGAGAGGCAGCGGCAGCAGAUAAGGUUUGCCUCCACGCUGGACCGCUCAGAGUAUACACACACGCAAGCGGUGAGCACGCCGGAGACGCUCGGUGGCUGACAGGAAAAGUUAGAGCCGCGAGGCGCUUUUCAUUCACGGACUCAAUAUAAGUCUGGAUACUUUGACAAAAGCUUUGUGAACAAUUUCCACUCAACAUAGAACAACCGACCAUCGCUUGGUGAAAGAAGAAUCCCGAUUUCUUUACAAAUCUGCUCUGAUUUCUCAAACUUGGGGCAUUGUGACAUCAUUCCGGAAAGCAGUGCCCUCCCCUGCCAUAUAAGGAGAGGGAACGCUCGGAAGACCCACGUCAGGACCGAGGAGGCGUUUAUUACGGGAAGUGAAUCGACUGACUCCAUAAUCUCCUCUUUGCAUAAUACGAUGUGUCCUGAGACGUAAUCUAAAGAAUAGACCGGACUUAAUUAAACAGGCAAAUCCAUCAAAGGACUCCAAGGGCGAUUAAAAGCAGACGUCUAGAUGUUAAAUAUCAGGAGAUUAUAAUAAAAACAAACGUUCUUUAACAAAAUCCGCAUUCUGUAGAAUAGUUAACUAACAGCUCACAUAAAUGAUAAUAGGGACAAUAGAACAGAAAUAAUAUGUUGAUCGAUCUAGUUGCUUGGUAUCCAGGCUAUUUUAUACCUAAACUUCCCCACAUUCAAAGGGGGCAUAUGUAUAUUUUUACUAAAGAAGUUUACAUCUAUUUGAAAGUUAAAGUUACUUUGAAAAUGUUUGCAUUAUAGUACAGACUUCAGCCACCCCCUUAGUCACACUAUAGAGUCUUUAAUUUACGCAUCUAAUCUAUAAAAUAAAAUGGAUUGUUAUACAAAAACAUGCUGCUUCAUGCUAAUAAAUACUGUUAGACUGUCUCCAUGAGACUUUAUGCAGCAGCAUUCUGCUGCAUAAAGUCUAACUGUACUUGUAUUGGGGGAGUUUCUUUCAGGGUAUAAAACUUCUGCUAAUUUUACUCAUAAAUAUUAUUAAUAGCUCUAUAUCUCUUCAUCAAAUGAUAAAAGGAAAUCAAAAGUUGUCAUUAUUAUAUAUCAAACCGAUUUUGACAUUUAGGCCAAGAGUGAUUCAGACAUAAGGGAGAAUCUUUCUUCUCCCCCACACACCAUUAUCUAUUUUAUCGCUUUCACAAACAUGCAAACCAAUGUUAUUUUUACACAGCUAUUAUUCUUGUCACCUCUUACUAAUACAAUACUAAUACAAUAAUUUCACAGUGAUUGAGGAUUGAAGUGCUAUUACUAGAUAAAACAAUUAACUGCAUCUAAUGGAAACUUGACCGCGUAAUUGCACAAAGGUCAGGUUGAGCCGGCUGAAUCUGUACAGUGAAAGGCUUCUGUCUGUUGUAGUUGCUAUGGGCGGGGUAUUUUACUAAGCAAUAUGGUACAAAAUACACAAACAGAAAUCAGAACAACAAAUUCUAACAACUGUGGCGCAUGAAGGCUGAAGGAACAUUUUUUUAUUUUCCUGCAAAUUUAAAAUGUGGAAUAAUGUCAAAGGUUUUGAAAGCCAUGCAGCAUCAAAUUCUAAGAACCCUUAUGCAGUGGAUGUGAUCCGGACAAAGAGAAGGGAUUUGGUUUAUGGUAUCUCACAUACUGAGGAUCUCCUGAAUCUUUUGGUUGCAGAGGGGGUUAUGACAACAGCAAGGAGAUCUAUUGUUUUGUCCAUCAGGACCCAUAAAGAUCAGAACUCCAGAGUCCUGGACAUCCUGGAGGCCAGAGGUGAACGAGCAUGUCGGAAAUUCUUCCAUCCGUGUCUUAUGCUGGCAGAACCUGAACUAUACCAGCGAAUCAAGACCUAUGUAAGGAGUAUGAACGAGCAAGUUCAAGAUAACAGGAGACAGCUGAUUGGGUAUUUGCUGGAGAGAGAUUGUGAAUGGGGGGGAAAAUUAACAGAUCAAACUGGAACCCAGAGAACUUAUACUAAAAGGAUUAAAAAGGGAUCUAGUGUUACAAAGAAAGGAAGUGGUACCAUAGUACUUGCAACAUCAGAGCAUACACCAGCUCAAAGUAAACCAGAAAGCCUCAUUUACAUGGCUGCUAGAAUAGGGGAUCUCUUAUUACUUGAGGAGCUGUUAAAAGACAGUGAUAUCAACACUGUCAAUUCUUCCAAAGAAACUCUAUUACAUGUAGCUGCAGAAAAUGGGCAUUUAUCCAUCGCUGAGCUCUUGAUUCAAAAAGGGGCUAGAUUGGACCUCCAGAAUGACGCUGGCCACACAGCUCUUCACAGAGCAGCCAGCAGAGGGCACACAGAGCUCAUGAAGACCCUAGUGAAGGCUGGGGCCCCUAUACAUACUCUGGAUUUGAAAGGCAAAACUCCCAUUCACCUGGCAGCAGAAAAUAGGCAUCUGAAAUCUGUAAAACUCUUGGUGGAGGAGGAAGCCAGGCAGUCUGAAAGUCACAGACAGAAUAUGUUUCUGCACAUGGCUGCCAUGGAAGAUGAUUGGAGGUUGGCUGAGUUGCUGUUGCAGAGCGGGGCCACUGUUGAUGCCUUAAACAGCCAUAACAAAGCAGCUCUGUUUUAUGCAGUCAAGGAGAGCAAUGAGAAAACAAUGACUGUCCUUCUCAAUGCAGGGGCUAAAGCUGACUAUGAUGUCAUAUAUGAAGCCAUUAAUCUUCAUCAAGAAUCAAUUCUCCAGCUGUUGCUUGCUAAUGCCAGAGGAGUCCUGAACAAAGAUGCCCUGGGAUCUGCUCUCUUUUCAGCUGUUCGAAUGAACUUUGAUGGUGCGGUGAGUGCACUGAUAGACAGUGGAGCAGAUGUGAACAUGCGCGACGGUCGCAGAUAUACGCCUCUCCUACUGUCAGCUGAGCUGGGACACUCAGAACAGCUAAGCCAAAUAUGUAAUAUCUUACAUUUUGGCUUUUUUUAUUCUAGUGUUCUCGUAGCAAAAAAUGCAAAACUGGAUGCUACUUUAUCUGACCUCUCUUCAGCAUUGCACUUGGCUGCUCGCAGUGGUAGCAAGCCCAUAGUGCACACACUGCUAGAAAAAGGACUGGACCCAAACAUUAAGGGAGCUAAAGGCCACACCCCUCUCCACCUGGCAGCUCAAUGUGACGGGCCUGACAUAACUGGUCUGCUGUUAAAAGGUGGAGCACAGGUAAAUGUAGUAGGCCAGGAUGGUCUGACCCCUCUGCAUAUAGCCAGCAUGCAGGGUCACACAGACACAGUGAUCCAACUUCUUCAUAACAAGGCAGAACCUGGAGUCACAGACCGGCUGGGGAGGACAGCCCUGCACUGGGCAGCCUUUUCCCAGGUAGAUAGCUGUGUGGUGGACUUGCUGCUGUCAGCCAAAGCUGACCCAGAUGCCACUGAUAAUGAGAAAAAAACUCCCCUCCACCUGGCUGCUAUGGAGGGAAAAGUAGACGUGGCGAUUUCACUGCUUUCCCACAGGGCAAAGAGGCGAGCUAGAGACAUGGAUGGCUCCACUCCUCUUCAUUACGCAGCAGCUGGUGGGCACGUCAGUGUGGUUACAGCCCUUCUUCAGCCGCUCAACAAUAAGGGGACUGAAGACAGGAAUGCAUGGAGGAAAACACCACUUCAUGCUGCAGCUGAGAAGGGACAUGAUAGUGUAGCUCUGCGGCUCCUGGAAGCUGGGGCCAAGAUAAAUGCUACAGAUCACAAUAAAGACACACCUCUGCACUGUGCUGCACGUGGUGGACACCACAAAGUAAUGAAAAUACUUGUAAACUGGGGACAAGCUGGAAAUGUAGGAUGGAGGAAUAAAGCCAAUCUGCAGGCUAAAAAUAAUAUAGGGAAGACACCAUUGCAAGUGGCAGAAACUAAACACACACCAGAGCAUGAGAACACUGCAAUUUUACUCAAGAGGAAGAUGUUUCUUAUGAAGUAAGCAUCAUAAUUUGUGAACGAUGUUGAUCCAAGCACUUUGCAACUUGUUCUCUAGUGUGUGUCUUUCUCUUAUUUUUUUUUAUAUUUUUCUCAUUUUGCAUAUAUCGCUCUUGA